AUGUUAGGUCCCACAGAUGACUGUGUUCAAACACACUCUGGAAACAACAGCAAAGUUGUUUCUCCGAACAUACUGGGAUGUAAAAUAUCAGGAGAUGUUAACUUCAACACACAUGUGCAAAACGUGUCUCCCUCUACCUCAGGUGAUAAAGAUGAAAUCUUUCAAAACCUAAAGAAUGAAAUGAAAACAAUAAUGGAGAAAGAGUGUAGUAGGACUUUUGAGGGAUGCGCAUCUAAACCUGUCGGUCUAAACAAGAUGUACACAGAACUGUUUAUCAUCAAUGAUGACUCGGAUCCCAUCAAUACAGAACAUGAGAUCUGGCAGGAUGAGAAAACACAUGAAUUCAACACAUCCCCGCACACCGUCGUAACCUAUAAUCAAAUCCUUCAGUCGCCUGAUGAUAGAGAUGAAACUGUGAAGAUUGUUUUAACCAAAGGAAUUGCUGGAAUUGGGAAGACGGUCACCAUUCGGAAGUUUAUCCUCGACUGGGCAAACGGAAAAGCCAAUCAGGAUCUAGAGCUUGUGUUUCUGCUCCCGUUCCGAGAGCUGAACUUGCUUGAGGGAGAAAAGAGUCUUUUAGAGGUACUUUUUGAUUUUUAUCCCACGUUAAAAAAGGCAAAACAGAUCUCUGAGUGGAUCUGUGAUAGGAAAGUUCUGUUCAUCUUAGAUGGUCUGGAUGAAUACAGACAGCCCUUGAACUUUAAAAGCCGCCUUUUUUCAAGUGAAACCGAAAAGGCCACAGUUGAUGUCCUUCUAGUAAACCUUCUAUUGGGAAAACUGCUUCCAUCUGCACACCUGUGGAUCACCAGCCGACCCGUCGCCGCUGGACAACUUCCGUCCCACAUCUUCAAACAUGGAUACAAAACUCAAAUCAGGGGAUUCAGAGAUGAGCAGAAGGAGAAGUACUUCAAGAGCCAAUUUGAUGACCCAGCGCUAUCCCAAAAGGUCAUCAGUCACCUGAAGUCUCAGAAGAGCCUGUGGAUUUUGUGCCACAUACCUCUGUUUUCUUGGAUCACAUCUUAUGUUCUCAAACACAUAACUGCAAAACAGAAUCUAAAUCAAAGCAUGCCUUCAAAUCAGACGGAAAUGUACAUCCACUAUCUGCUUAUUCAGACUGGAUUGAGCCACAAGAAAUAUAAGGUAGAGGAACUUUCAGAAGAACAUGCUCUCCAGGAGCAUAGAGACCAGAUCAUGAAUAUGGCAGAGCUGGCGUACUGGCAGCUGAGGGAACAGAAAGCCAUCUUCAGAAAAGAAGAUUUGAUGAAGUACAACAUCAUUGUAGAUGAAGCCACUCAGCAUCCUGGCAUUCUGACCUGCAUCUCACAGUACAAAUGUAUGUUUUACAACAGGAUCACGCUCUUCAGCUUCGUUCAUCUCACUGUGCAGGAAUUCUUUGCAGCCUUGUUUGCAUUUCAUGAAUUUCUGUUAGAAAAGCAGGACUCACUGAGUUUAAGAACAGGCAAAAAGAAAGACGCGCCUUAUUUGAGCAAUUUCCUCAAAGAUGUGAUUGAUGUGGCCUUGCAGAGUGAGAAUGGACACAUGGACCUUUUUACCUGUUUUCUCUUUGGGAUUUCCUGUGAUUCCAACAAACUUCUACUUGAAGCAUUCCUGCCACCAUUCAGGGGCAAUAUUUCACAAGAGCACAGAAAGGUGACCAAGCAUAUUAAGUCUCUGAGGAGGAAAGAUCUGUCCUCUGAGAGAUGCGUCAGUCUCAUUCGGUGCCUCCUUGAGCUCAAGGACAAGUCUUUUUUGCAGAAUUUGCAAGCGCUUGAACGCUCACAAUCCAAAAAGCCCCUCACACUGUUCCAGUGCACACUUCUGGCUUACCAGUUGAGGAUGUCAGAUGAAAAACACAUUAAGUUUGACCUCAGGAAAUACAACAUCACCUUAGAAGGGUUUCAGAGACUCUCUUCAGCCUUCAGAUAUGUCAGAAAGGCUCUGCUUAAAGGAAGUGGCUUGACAGAACAUCAUUGUAUGAGUCUGGUGCCGUACCUGAGGCUGCCAAAGACUCACCUGACUGAUCUAAAUCUGAGCUACAAUGGACUGGGACGCUCUGCACUGGCGUAUCUUACCCCAGCACUCUCAGAUCCUAACUGCCAGAUUCAGAUCCUCAACCUGAGCCACAAUGACCUCCAGAGUCAGGACAUGGAGCUGAUCAGAGAUGUGCUUACUGGAGCAAAUGUGAAUCUGAAGGUCCUGGACCUCAGCGAGAAUCAACUAGAGGAUUCAGGAGUGCAAAUUCUCUCAGAUGGACUGCAGAGUGAUAACUGCCAUCUUAAAGUUCUGAAAAUUUCAGGCUGUCAGAUCCAAAUCAGAGGAGUUCAUUAUCUGUUGUCAUCUCUAAAACAACAUCCUCUAUAUCUGAGAGAGCUGGACCUGCGCUAUAAUAUUCUGGAAGACACGGGCCUGGAGAAUCUAUGGGCGGAACUGUCCUCACUGAGAGUUUCCACUGGGGGAGUCUGCGGUCGCCAACCAGGACUGCACAAAUAUAUGGUGGCGCUCACCUUUGACCCUAAGACGGCUAAUGAUCGUCUCCUGCUGAAUGAGGACAACACUUUAGCCACUCGGCUGAAGAGGAAAAUGCAGCUCCUUCCUAAUGAGCAGAGAUUUGACACAUGCAACCAGGUCCUUUCCCAUCAGCGCCUGACCGGACGCUGCUUCUUUACGGUGGAUGUGAUUGGGCCACAUGUGCAUGUGGGCGUGGCCUGUAAGGGACUCGAGCGGAAGGGGUCGAGUUCUACAGUAUGUCUGGGACACAAUAAGAUGUCCUGGAGUUUGCGUUGCUCCAGAAAUGAAUGUGUGGCUUAUCAUGACAAGAAAAGGGAAUCAGUCCAAACCACGGAGUCCAUCGGGAGGCUCGGUGUGUUUGUGGACCAGGAGGCCGGUUCUGUUUGCUUCUACAGGAUGAUCCCACAGGUUCAGCUCUUGUACAUGUUUGAUGCAGAUUUCCCUGAGGACCAAGAGCUUUACGCUGCGUUCAGGAUUCAGAAGCCGAACAGCUCAGUUGACUUGGAUGAGAACUGCUCAAUGUUGGGGUGACUUCUGAAAUAUCCUUCUGUUCAUACCUCUUUUCCGCUGUCCUGCUGAGUGUCGUCUUCCAACAUGACUUACCUGGCGAUAAUACAGCCUCAUAUCACACCACUGCACAUCACAAUUUACACGGUUGCAGUCUGUUAGCAUAUGUCAGCAUCAGUGUGCUGCCUACUUUUGAAUGGGAGGUAGGAAAAUCUGACAGGGUAGGACAAACGGACAGAACACCAGACCUUUUGUUUGUCUGUUUUACAGAGUUUUGACAGUAAUAUCGUUUGAUAUGCAUGAUGUGACUGAUAUUUUGUGAUCAGGUGCUGUGUUCACACUUCUGAUCACCCAGUUAAUAAUAAUCCAGAUGAACAAGAGAAUCUCCUGCAGAAAUACCCCUGAUGAGUGACUGAAACAUGAAUACCACUGUAGCGCUGUGCAGUAGAUUUGCAUAGGUCGUCUGUCUUUAAGUAAACGUAAUCGUCAAUAAAAGUCUUGAAUCUGA